AUGGGGAAAGUUGGGAUUGAAGAAGAGGUGGAAGGAGAUCGCGUCGAAACUACCGAUUACUACUUUGAGAGAAUCGGCGAACCUAUCUGUAUCAAAGAGGAUGACGCUCUAUACGAUCUCGAAAACCCUCCGUCACAGCCUCUCGCCAUCUCCGAACGCCACGGCCUAGUCUUUGUAGCGCAUUCAUCCGGGUUUCUUGUUGGAAGAACCAAGGAUGCCAUUUCUGCUUCCAAGAGUAGUAACGGGAAAGGUACCAGGGUUUAUAUCCAGGAUUUAGCCCUCGUGGAUGUUCCCGUUGGGGAUGUUCGUAUAUUGUCUCUCUCGGCUGAUGAUUCGGUUCUCGCUGUCUCCGUCGCUGCUGAUAUUCACUUCUUCUCCGUAGAUUCACUUCUUAAUGAGGAUGUAAAGCCUUCAUUUUCUUAUUCACCUGAUGAGUCAGGCUUUGUUAAGGAUUUUCGGUGGACAAGGAAAGAUAAACAUUCUUAUCUUGUUCUUUCAAACCAUGGGAAGCUCUUUCAUGGAAUUGAUAAUUCACCCCCUAGGCAUAUUUUGGAUGGUGUUGACGCCGUUGAAUGGAGUUCAAAAGGGAGCUAUAUUGCUGUGGCUCAAGAUGAUAGUCUGCGGAUUCUGUCGACAAAGUUUAACGAGAAGCGGUGCAUAGCAUUAUCGUUUGACACCUGGAUUGGUGAUUCCAAUGAAAACUGUGUUGUGAAAGUUGAUUCUAUCAGAUGGGUACGCAACAACUGUAUUCUUCUUGGGUGCUUUCAGCUAAUUGAUGGCAUGGAAGAAAGUUACCUUGUUCAGGUUAUCAGGAGUCCCGACGGGAAAAUUGCUGACAGUUCGUCCAAUCUGGUUGCUUUAUCCUUCUCUGAUUUGUUUCCAUGUUCGGUGGAUGAUCUUGUUCCGGCUGGUGUUGGACCUCAUUUACUCUUUAGCUACAUAGACCAAUGCAAACUGGCGAUCACAGCAAACAGGAAGAGUAUAGAUGAGCAUAUUGUUUUGCUUAACUGGUCCCCUGGUGAGGAUACAACUGCAGUUUCCGUUGUUGAUAUUGAUCGGGAGACCUUUUUGCCAAGGAUUGGGCUCCAAGAAAAUGGAGAUGACAAUAUGAUCAUGGGACUCUGUAUCGAUAGGGUUUCUGUUGAGGGGACCGUUAAUGUCCGUUCCGGAGAUGAUGAAGUGAAAGAACUCCCGCCAUAUUGUGUUCUUGUGUGCCUCACUUUGGAAGGAAAGCUGAUCAUGUUUAAUGUUGCUAGUGUUGCAGGGCUCGCAGCUUCCUCCGAUGUGGAUUCGGCUUCUUCUUCUGAUAUAGAAGAUGCUUAUGCCCCUUCAGUUGGAGAUGAUCAUUCUGAACAAUCUUCUGAAGAGCCUGAACAACAACAAGAGUUGAAUGUUUCGGUACAAAAUGAACAGAAGCACCUAGGCUCAGAGAAUUCAAUCGCUCUGUUAUCUACCGAACAGAGGUUCCCAAAUGAAAAAAAUUCUAGCAAGGAAAUUGAAUCUGUAAAAAGUUCAGUCUCUGGGAACAACAACGGGAAACAAGAACUCUAUGCUGAAAAAUUAAUACAAGCUGCAGAUGGUGAACAAAGCAUGAUUCCUAGGCAGUUCGGAACAAGUUUUGGGCAACCUCCUUUGUCCUUGGGAUAUGGCACUAACAAAUUUGCAGGAUUCGGUCCUAUCCUCCCUGUUUCUGAUAAGGUUCAAAAAGACAUAUCUGAGCAGUCUAAGUCUGCACAUUUUCAGACAAGUUUUGGGUCAAAGAGUUCACCGGGGUUAUUUUCAUUUUCUGGCCCACAGAAUGCUUUUGCUCCUUCACCACAAAACACACCAACUCAGGCAUGGUCAAGUGGGAAAGGUGUCUCGCCUCCAAAUUUUGUCUCUAGAUCAUUUUCUUCAGUAAAAGAUACUCAGCAAAAGCAAUCUGAACAGAUUGGAACUGGUUAUUUUAAUCCUCCGACGAGCUUCAAAGAGAAGCCUUUACAAGUUAUUGAAACUGCGAGACCAUCGGCUCUGAGCAAUUUAACUCCUCCGCCGAGUCAAAAUCAGGACGCCGAUGAAGGGGUUGAAAAAAUCGAGCCAAUACCGUCUAUCCAUACCUCCCAAUUAUCACUGCAAGUGAAAUCUUCAUUCGAAAAGUCCUCUAGUCAUCAGCAGCACAGAACUCCGCUGAAUCAUGGACCUCUGAGACUUGAGCAGAACAUGUCAAAGCAACCCAGUAAUAUAAAUGAGAUGGCCAGAGAAAUGGAUACGCUUUUACAGUCCAUUGAAGAACCAGGUGGUUUCAAGGAUUCUUGCACCUUUUUACUUGAAAGUCAUAUUGAAGAAUUGGAGCAAGGACUUGAAAGUCUUGCUGGCAAGUGCCAAACGUGGAAGAGCAUAACUCACGAGCAGCAAGCAGAGAUCCAACAGCUUCUGGACAAAACAAUUCAAGUUUUGGCAAAAAAGACAUACAUGGAAAGUAUGUACAAGCAAACUUCUGAUAAUCAGUACUGGCAACUUUGGAACCGCCGGAGGUUGAAUCCUGAGCUUGAGGCCAAGCGGCAGCAUAUUAUGAAACUAAACAAGGAUUUGACUCAUCAACUCAUUGAAUUAGAGAGAUAUUUUAAUCGGCUUGAACUCAAUCGCUACCAAGAGGAUGGAGGACUCCCUGUGGCCCGAAGAGGUGUGGCAAAUAGGUCUGCUCCUUCAAGACGUGUGCAAUCCCUUCAUAGUCUUCAUAACACAACGAGUUCCCAAUUGGCAGCUGCUGAGCAACUCUCUGACUGUCUCUCAAAACAAAUGGCAUUUCUGAAAAUCGAUUCACCAGUCAAAAAAAAUGUGAAGCAGGAGUUGUUUGAGACAAUUGGUAUCGCUUAUGAUGCUUCUUUCAGCUCACCAGAUGCUGUAAAAGCUAACAAUACAUCUUCAGCAAAAAAUCUAUUACUCUCGUCUAUUCCUGCAAGUAUAAAUGCAGAGUCAAGACAACGACAGUCAUCUGGUAUGAAAAGUUCUGACCCUGAAACUGCCAGGAGGAGGAGAGAAUCACUAGACAGGAAUUGGGCUGCUUUUGAGCCUCCAAAAACUACUGUCAAAAGGAUGCUUUUGCGGGAGCAACAGAAGACGGGUAUGAACCAACAGAAUGUGACGAGUGAUAGAGUACGGUCUACAAUUAAUACACAAGAGCAAUCACUGCUUCGCCUGAAAGAUCAUGCAUCACCUGUAGUCUCCUCGAAUAAGGGAAUAAUGGAACCAUUCCGACAAGACAAAUCGGAGGCUCAAUCAACCACGUUUAGAUCAAGGUCACCUAUGCCACAAUCUAACAGUCCCUUUGCCCUCUCUCCAAUCUCUGCUGCGAAACGACCAGUGGCUUCGACUGUGUCUGGACAGACAGAAAAGAAGGCUGGGGAAUUAAAAAAUUUUGAAGGGAAGGCAAAUGUGUUUCUUGAUACAGCUGCUGGAAGUGGGCAGCGGCUUACUACAACAUUGUCGAGAGCUGAGUCUGACUCUAGCAAAGGUUUUGGCGUUCAAGUUUCAUCGAUGUCUACUGGUGCACCAGCAUCUAGUUUCCCUGUAAAAUCGCUGUUUGGUUUCAAUGCCACGAGCAGUAUACCUGGUGAUAAAGUAACUUUUCCUGCUGCAACGGUAUCAUUUUCAUCGUCACCUUUUUCUAGCACGUCACUUGAUUCCGCUUCCACCUUAUCUACACCAUCAUUACCUCCAGUGUCAUCCUCUACACAAGAUUCAGUUCCACCAUCUAUUCCCAUCAGCGUAGCAUCGGUCCCUCAAACGUUUCCAGUCACAUCGACAUCUACAGUUUCAGCUAAUGUUCCAUUUGGUAAAUCGUUGACCAGUGCCAGUUUUGAUCUCAAUCAAGCAGCUACGUCAACACCUUCUCCAAUACCUGGCCCCACAACUGGUUUCUCUUUUAAGUUACCAGCUUUGUCUCCAUCAUCCCCUGAAAUUGUCUCAUCUUCAGCAUCACAAACCAGUUCACUAACAGAUAGUAAUCGGUUGUUUUCAUCAACCUCCUCGUCUUUGACUGCCCCUAUUACUUCGACCGCUCCUGACGCGUUUCAGUCUCCUCAAGUUUCCACCCCGUCUUCUGCUGUGUCCAUUACAGAGCCACUUUUAGAACCUGAAAAAACAGAGGCUCAAAGUUCGUCAAUUUCAAGUACAGAAAGUACUGUAGAUCCUGUAGCAAAUGCAGCAAAGUCACAAACUGAGCUGCUGCCAGUGAAAAGUGAGAUUUCGAACCCAGAGACUACAGUAACCCCUGUCAGUUCAUCUGGGUUCCUGACUGGAUUUUCAUCCGGAACACAGUCUAGUCCUGUAAGCGUGGCACCGCCUUCAUUCAGCUGGCCAGGUAGUUCUCAGCCGCAACAGAUAUCUUCGGCACCUGUCUCUUUCCCUGCAUCCUUAUCAACCUCUGCAAGUCCAUCUGGUGAGAAAAAAGACACUGUAGAUACACAGGAAGAUGAGAUGGACGAAGAAGCUUCAGAGGUUAGCCAGACGACUGAACUCAGUAUGGGUGGUUUUGGAGGAUUUGGGCUUGGGUCAACUCCAAACCCGGCUGCUCCCAAAUCAAAUCCGUUUGGUGGUCCCUUUGGUAAUGCUACAACAACAACAAGUAAUCCGUUCAAUAUGACAGUCCCAAGUGGCGAGCUAUUCCGACCUGCAUCAUUCAAUUUUCAAAAUCCUCGGCCAUCUCAACCGGCAGGUUUCGGUACGUUUUCUACAACACCUUCUCAAACUCAGACUCAGAGCGGAUUUGGGCAACCGUCACAGAUUGGUGGAGGACAGCAAGCUCUAGGAUCGGUUCUCGGUUCAUUUGGGCAGUCGAGGCAGCUUGGUACAGGUCUCCCCGGAGCUACGUUUGGUUCUCCCAGUGGAUUUGGUGGCUCUAACCCAGGAUCUGGCUUCCCAAAUGCACCAGCAUCUGGUGGUUUUGCUGCUGCUGGUUCUAGUGCUACUGGUGGCUUUGCUGCCAUGGCUUCAGCAGGUAGAGGCUUUGCUGGUGCUUCAUCUAGUCCAACUGGUGGCUUCGCUGCCUUAGCAUCAGGUGGUGGAGGCUUUGCCGGUGCUGCUCCAGGAGGAGCCGGCGGUGGAUUCGGUGGACUUGGUUCAGGCUCUGGAGGUUUUGGAGGUUUUGCUCCUCCUAGCGGUGGAGGCUUCGCCGGAGCAGCAGGAGGAGGUGGUGGUUUUGGAGGUUUCGCCGGUCAAGGGCAAGGCCAAGCAGGUGGUGGUGGGUUCUCAGGGUUUGGUGGCAACUCCGGAGGAACAGGAAAGCCAUCGGAACUCUUCACACAGAUGAGAAAAUGA